CACGCCCAAUUCUCGAUCUCGAGGCCUAAUCGACCGAUCCUUGUUCCCCGGACUACGAUCGCAAUCGAUGGCGAGGACGAAACAGACCGCCCGGAAGUCCACCGGGGGCAAGGCCCCGCGGAAGCAGCUGGCGACGAAGGCGGCGCGGAAGUCGGCGCCGGCGACCGGGGGCGUGAAGAAGCCCCACCGCUUCCGCCCGGGGACGGUGGCGCUGAGGGAGAUCCGCAAGUACCAGAAGAGCACGGAGCUGCUCAUCCGCAAGUUGCCGUUCCAGCGUCUCGUCCGGGAGAUCGCGCAGGACUUCAAGACGGACCUGCGGUUCCAGAGCUCCGCGGUGGCGGCCCUACAGGAGGCGGCGGAGGCCUACCUCGUCGGCCUCUUCGAGGACACCAACCUUUGCGCCAUCCACGCCAAGCGGGUCACCAUCAUGCCCAAGGACAUCCAGCUCGCUCGCCGGAUCCGCGGGGAGAGGGCUUGAGGCCCGUCCCAUCUCGUGUGUUCACCGCCCCUUCGGGUGGGUAGAUCGGGGAUUUAGGUCUAUUAUGUCAGCCUCCAUGGCCAAGCGGCGCAGGUUUCCCGCUCCUAACUUUGUCUCGACCGUAUUGUGUUUCCGGCCAUCCGAUGUCACAUGGGAUUGCGUGUAUGCGAGUAAUGUUAUGUGGCAUCAACUUUCAAAGCAAA